AUGAGCCGCUUACUUCCCGAUGCUCGCUCUGCUUCGGCAGUCCGCUCCUUCUCCGCAGGCUCGCACGCCUCGUCCAACAGCGAUGCCUCCUACUCUUCCAACGCGGACGCAGCCCACACGCCUUCUACCAGCCCGGCGCUUUCGGAUCACGGUGCGUUCUCGCUAGACGCUCUCUCUUGGAACAAGCUGCCUCGCGCGUAUCAGCCUUCCUCUCCUACCUCGGAUCCACCCACCGACUCCAAGCUUUCGCCGCUCGAGCUUCUCGUCAAGAGAGGCAAGCAGGUCCAGCAAGACAUCCUCGAGCCCAGCACGCACGAUGCAAGCUCAGAUCCUACCUCUCACCGCAUCUAUGAGCGUGCCUCGGCCCUCUCUCGCCGCACCUCUGUCCGAAGACCGCCUGUCCAGCCGUCGCCCGACCCCGACGACUUUGACGAUGCCCAGAGCAUCCGUAGCGUCAACCUGCUCUCCGAGCCUGGCUCCAGCUUCUCCCGCAACCCGCGCACACAGACACCCACCUCACAGGAUUCGCCUCCCACACCCUCCUCGUCCGGCACUUCGUUCACCGUCCAACGCGGCUACAAAGCGACCUACGACGACCAGUUCGAUUCCUACAGCCCCAUGCAUGCCAGCGCCGACGAGCAGCCGCACUCGGCCCAUCUGCUCAGCAACGCCUUCCGCAACUCGGUCGCCUCUGACAUCUCGUUCAACUCCAUCACCGGCGCUAGCCUCGAUACGUCCCUCUCGCGCAGAGCUUCCAUCGAUACCGUGCGCAGCUCCGAAUUCGGCGAGGACGGAAGGUGGGGCAGAGCGUGGGCCUCGCGCGCCGACGACGAAGAGAGUGCCUACGAAGAGAGCGUCUACGGCGAUGAGCUCGACGGCAAUGUCGGACCUGGCUCAAGCCACCUACCCUCCAGUGUAGCCGCGUACGACAUUCAGCUGGACCCGGAUCAAGGGCCAUUUGCGUCCGGCGGUGGCCUUUCGUCGGUUGCACAGCAGUGGAAGCUCGACCAUGCGGCUCGUGAUCCAUCUCGAAGCGCGGAAGGCACGAUGCGAGGCGUGCAUGCCUCGUCGACACCCGCUAUCCGAGAAAUGCCGAGCAAAGAAAAGGUCGUUAGCCUCACGAGAUCCAUUCCGCCGCCUAGACUGCUCGACCAGCACCAGGCCGGACACUGGCAGCAACAGGGCGAUCCCAGGCACAGCUUUGUGCCUCAAAUCGAAUCUCACGAUGGCGACGCAGUGACCGCCUAUCACGACGCAUCGCAGCACAUCUACGAUCGCACUCCUGUGGCCUCGGCAGAUCGUCACCUUGGCCAUCGCUCCACGUCGUCGACUGCGACGAUCACUGGCAACGAUGCGCGCGAGAGCACCGGAAGCCCAGAGAGCGCACGCGUCUACGUGUAUCCACCCAGUCCUUCCGGUUCGGAAGCGUCGCGAGCGAGCGGCGCCCACGCGCACUCCAGCCGCGACCCGAACCACCGCAGCCAACAGCGCUUCUCGUCCAUGCCCAACCCCACCUCGGCGCGCAUCGAGACCAUGUCCGCCGCAUCCUCGCCCGACCAGCCGCCGCAGCACGCGGGCUCGGGCGAAGUGAAACGCACGCCGCUCGCGCCGUCGGCGCUGCUGUCCAACCCGAGAGUCGCGUCGGCUGGAUCACUCGAGUCGCGUCGGCUCAAGCCUUCGGGCCAUCCUGCGGGGCGCGCACCUCCGCCUCCACCGCCUGCUGCCGCAUGGAGCUCGCCGAGCAUGAGUGGCGGCACUCCCAACGGCUACUCGGAUCCCAACCAGUACUUCCAGGGCGUGGAUCGGCCCAUCAUCGGGCGCAAGCGCGCGGAGGCCAUCGCACGCGCCGACGGGCGCGAGAGCAUGGUGUCGGAUCUGGACGUCGAGACGCUGCGUCUGGACGGCAGCAGCCGACGCGACAGCUCGAGCACCAUCGGCAGUGUCAUGACCUCGCGCAUGUCGAUCGGCAGCGUGGCGCACGACCCGCUGGUGCUGCAGUCGGCCAACUGGCAAGAGCAUUCGCCUAUCCCACCGCAAGUGGCCUCCCCACGCACGCGCGGCGCGCCGAGUAUGCAGGCCAAGGCUUCGCACGCGUCGUUCCGCUCGCUGCAGCCCGCCCAGGAGGCGUACAGCCCCGUAGCCGGUGCUGGCGGCCCCAACCGGUCAUCGAUGCUGCGCAAUGCCAAGUCGAGCAACGCGUUGGGAUCGGUCGAAAUGCAGGCGAGCGCGUCGGCACCCCCCGUCGGGCUGGGUGUAAGCGGCGUCCAAUCGACUCCACGACCGCGUACAUCGCCUGCAGUCGACACACGCACGGGCCCGUCGUCGGCGGAAGACUUUCUCUCGUCGGGCAUCACGCACCACGAGCAAGGUGAUCUUGCGCGUUCUGCGUUCUACUUUGAGCGAUCGGCCAAGGUGGAUGGCGGAUGCGUGGUGGGGAUGUGCAUGUUUGGCAUGGCGCUGCGCGAGGGGUGGGGCGCGCGCAAGGAUCCGGCGAAAGGGUUCACGUGGAUCCAGAAGGCGGCGGCGCGUGCGGGCGAGAUGAUGGCCAACACUUCGACGCCCAAGAGCGACGCCGAGCUGCGCGCGAUCAAGAGCGAGCUCAAGCUGAGCGUGUACGAGCUGGGCAAGUGCUUCUGCUACGGCUGGGGCGUCAAGAUGGACAAGCCCAUGGCGCUCGAGUACUUUGAGCUGGCGGCCAAGCUCGGCGAUGCGGAUGCGCAGGCCGAGGCAGGAGCGCUGUACGCCGCGGGCAAGGGAUGCAAGAAGGACCUCAAAAAGGCAGCCAUGUACUACCGCAUGGCCGAGCAGGGCGGGUACGAUACCGUGGGCCUCAGCUGGAUCCACAAGGACAAGUACAAGUAG